AUGAAGUUCCUCAAGGUCGGCAGAGUCGCCAUCAUUACCCACGGCCGAUAUGCCGGAAAGAAGGUCGUGAUCAUCCAGCCCGUCGACAGCGGCAACAAGUCACACCCCUACGGCCACGCCCUGGUCGCCGGUAUCGAGCGCUACCCGUCGAAGAUCACCCGCCGCAUGUCCAAGACCCGGCAAGAGAAGCGCUCCAAGGUCAAGCCCUUCAUCAAGGUCGUCAACUACAACCACCUGAUGCCCACCCGCUACACUCUUGAGCUCGAGGGCCUCAAGGGCGUCGUCUCCGCAGACACCUUCAAGGAGCCCUCUCAGCGGGAGGAGGCCAAGAAGACCGUCAAGAAGACCCUGGAGGACCGCUACACGAGCGGCAAGAACCGGUGGUUCUUCACCCCCCUGAGUACGUUGGAACCCCGUUCUGCGCCAGGGCACCAGAGGAUGGAUAUGAUCUGCUGUGCCUUGGUUGCGAAGCAAUCCGCGAAGGUGCAGCUUUACUAA